AUGUCGCAACACAAAUUCCUUUUCACCUCUGAAUCCGUGUCGGAAGGUCACCCGGAUAAGAUGUGUGAUCAAAUCUCGGAUGCGGUUCUUGAUGCUCAUCUCGCACAAGAUCCUCACGCCAAAGUUGCCUGUGAAACGGUGACUAAAACGGGUAUGAUCAUGUUGUGCGAGAUCACCUCGAAAGCCCACGUUGACUAUCAAGUUCUCGUUCGUAACGUCGUCAAGAAAAUCGGAUACGAUGACUCGUCCAAAGGAUUUGACUACAAGACCUGCAACGUCCUUGUCGCUCUUGAACAGCAAUCACCAGAAAUCGCCGCUGGAGUUCAUAUGGACAAGAGCAGCGAUGAUGUUGGAGCUGGAGAUCAGGGAAUCAUGUUUGGGUAUGCUACCGAUGAAACUGAGGAGGCUAUGCCAUUGACUCUUCUUCUGUCUCACAAGUUGAACUACAAGCUCCACGAGCUCCGUCGCUCCGGAGAACUCGGAUGGGUUCGCCCAGAUUCCAAGACUCAAGUCACUAUCGAGUACGCUUCCGAGGGAGGUGCCUGUGUUCCACUUCGUGUCCACACUGUUGUCAUCUCCACUCAACACUCUCCAGAUAUUGCGCUCGAGGAUUUGAGAAAGGAACUCAUCGAGAAGGUCAUCAAGGCUGUUAUCCCAGCUAACCUCAUCGAUGAUGACAUCAUCUACCACAUCAACCCAUGUGGAUCUUUCAUUGUCGGAGGACCAAUGGGAGAUGCCGGACUCACUGGACGCAAGAUUAUCGUCGAUACCUACGGAGGAUGGGGAGCUCAUGGAGGUGGUGCCUUCUCCGGAAAGGACCCAACCAAGGUCGAUCGCUCUGCCGCUUACGCUGCUCGUUGGGUUGCCAAAUCACUCGUCAAGGCCGGACUUUGCCGUCGGUGCCUCGUCCAAGUAUCCUACGCUAUCGGAGUCGCCAAGCCACUUUCCAUCAUGGUCUUCUCAUUCGGAACAUCUGCACUGAGCGAGGAGGAACUCUUAACCAUUGUCAACGAAAACUUUGACCUGAGACCAGGAAUGAUCAUCAAAAACCUCAACUUGAAGAGACCAAUCUACGAGCCAACAGCCGAGAACGGUCACUUCGGACACAACGCCUUCCCAUGGGAGCAACCACAUCAUCUCAAGAUCUCGUCUGAGCUCCUUGCCAAGUCUCAAGGUCCAAUUCUUCCUGACACCAUGGGCAUUGCUCAUUAA